AUGAGUGAAGAUUUAGGAUCUGACCUAACAAAUAUUUAUACCAUAGAUAAAUCUAAAAUUAAAAAUCCCGUUAAGGAAGAAGUAUUAGAUUCAAAUAGUGAUUUAGAAGCAAAUAGUAUUAGUAUUUCAGAUGAAGAAAAUUUUAAAGCUUUUGAUGGUAAAACUGAAGGUACUAGAUUAAAGAGAGAUUUAAAAGCUAGACAUACUUCAAUGAUUGCUUUAGGUGGUAGUCUUGGUACAGGUCUUUUAAUCGGUACAGGUACAUCUUUAGCGACUGCAGGCCCAGUCUCAAUGCUAAUUUCAUAUUCAUUUGUUGGUGUAUUAGUAUUUUUUGUUAUGUCAUGUCUUGGUGAAAUGGCUUCAUAUAUUCCAUUGGAUGGUUUUACCAGUUAUGCCUCUAGAUAUUGUGACCCUGCACUUGGGUUUGCUGUUGGUUACUCAUAUUUAUUCAAAUAUUUCAUUUUACCACCAAAUCAAUUGACUGCAGCUGCUUUAGUAAUGCAAUAUUGGGUUGAUAGAGACACUGUUAACCCUGGUGUUUGGAUUACUAUUUUUUUAGUCAUAAUCAUUAUUAUUAAUUCAUUUGGUGUUAAAUUCUUCGGUGAAUUUGAAUUUUGGUUAUCAAGUUUCAAAGUACUUGUUAUGUUAGGUUUAAUUAUCUUAAUGUUUGUCAUCAUGUUAGGUGGUGGUCCAACUCAUGAUAGAUUAGGUUUCCGUUAUUGGAAAAAUCCAGGUGCUUUCAAAGAAUAUUCAGAUGCUAUCCAAGGAGACACUGGUAGAUUUGUUUCAUUCUCAGCAUGUUUCGUUUAUGCUUUAUUCUGUUACUUAGGUAUUGAACUAACUGGUAUUGUUGCAGCAGAAGCCGAAAAUCCAAGAAAGAAUAUUCCAAAGGCUGUUAAAUUAACCAUGUACCGUCUGAUCAUAUUUUAUGUUAUCUCUAUCUUCUUACUUGGUAUGUGUGUUGCGUCUAAUGAUCCAAAAUUGAUUAGUGCUAAAGGUGCAAGUACCAGUGCUGCUGCUUCGCCAUUUGUUGUCGCUAUUCAAAAUUCUGGUAUUAACGUUCUACCACAUAUUUUCAACGCAUGUGUCUUAAUGUUUGUCUUCAGUGCUUGCAACUCUGAUUUAUAUGUUGCAUCCAGAUCUCUUUACUCCUUAGCCAUUGAUAACAAGGCACCAAAAUUCUUAGCUACUACUAAUAGAUGGGGUAUUCCAUAUUACUCUCUAGGGGUUAGUGUUCUGUUCUGUUUACUGGCAUACAUGAGUGUCUCUUCUGGUUCUGCAAAGGUAUUCAACUAUUUCGUCAAUGUUGUCUCUAUAUUUGGUGUUUUAAGUUGGAUCUGUAUUCUAAUCACUUUCAUCUGUUUUGAUAGAGCAGUUAGAGCUCAAGGUAUUGAUAGAUCUACCUUUGCUUAUGUAGCUCCAUUCCAACCAUAUGGUGCUUGGUUUGCUUUGUUCUUCUGUUGUUUACUGGCCUUAAUCAAAAAUUUCACUGUUUUCUUAGGUCACGAAUUUGAUUAUAAAACUUUUAUUACUGGUUACAUUGGUCUACCCGUAUUUUUUAUCUGUUUCUUCGGGUACAAAUUUUAUCAUAAGACAAAAUUCGUCAAACCAGAAGAAGCCGAUUUAUAUACAUACAAAGCGGCUAUCGAUCAAGAAGAAGAAGAUGGUAAGAUUCAAGAUGCAGAAAAAGCAGAAAGAAUCAAACAAAACGGUAAAAACUGGGAAUGGUUCUACGAAAAAUAUCUGGGUAAGGUGUUUUAA